GAAACAAAAAACAUUCGGGGACGCGCCUGCUUGCUUCUUUCCCCAAACCCCAAACCGCAGGUAGGAAGCAAACCGCACGCCCCGCUCCAGAACGGAUCCUCAUCUCUCACGUUGUCACCACAGUCUGAAUCCAGAAUCCAACUAGUAGCUCCAUAAAAGCGGCAAUGAUCCAGCUGCUGUUCGUCGUGCUGGUGGCGGAGGCGUCCCUGACGGCGGCGCUGCUCUUCAAGACGCCGCUGCGGAAGCUCGCCGUGCUAGUGAUCGACCGGCUCAAGCGCGGCCGCCACGCGCCCGUCGUCGUCAAGACGGUCGCGGGCGUCAUCCUUGCCCUGCUCGCUUCAACGCUCUACAGCAUGACACAGAUCGCCGGCAGCACGAGCGACUCCGACUCUGGCGGCGGGCCCACCCCCACCGACCAGGUGCUCUUCUCGCGUCACCUCCUGGAGGCGUGCCUCAUGGGGUACUCCUUAUUUCUUGCUCUAGUGAUUGACCGGCUCCACCAAUACAUCAGAGAUUUGCGCCGGUUUAAAAAGGACUUAGAGGCUGUACGUAAGCAUAAUAAAAUGUUGGAGGAGGCAAAACAUGGAAACUCGGAGGAGGCAAAGAAAUACCAGGAAGAGAUUGCCACUCUGAACAAGGAGAUGAAGAAACUGAAGCUACAAGUCCAAGAAAAGACAGAAGAGGUCCAUGUUUCAGAGGACAAGGCACUUGCUAUCCAAAAACAAUCCGAAGGCUUGCUGACUGAAUAUGACCGCCUGCUGGAGGAUAAUCAGCAUCUUCGGACACAGCUGCUGUCAAUUGACCGCAGGCUUUCCAACUCUUCUUGAACGAAGAGUCUAUUUAGGGGAUGCUGAAGAAUUUCUGUGGAAGAUCAUGUUACCACCCAAAGUGUAUGGCAGCUACCUGCUUCCUCACUUGUUAGUCUUAGCAUCUUCAAUUAACUAGCUAUUGCAUUAUAUUGUUGGCAAAACUAGUGCAAGCAUUAUAUGGUCUAGAACUUUGGAGUUUCUCUUGUGUGUUUCUUGUAAUGCCUACUUUUUAUGUGUGCUUAUAGUGAUUACUGUUUUGAACAGAAUUUUAUGAUUAUUGCAGACGGGCAUUCACAUGUUGAAA